CAAUUCUUUUCAAAACAAAGACAACGCAUGGUGGCGCUGCAGGCUAAGACGUCAAAAAAAAAAAAAAUGCUACCGACUCCACCUCAGAUCUCUGGCCAAAGAGAAAAGCCUGUAAGCAGAGCUCAGGACCAGCAAGACUCAAGUGAACGCUACUCACCGACACUUCCGGGCAGGUUAUCAACUGACAGAUCUCUCACUGUCUCAGCCCGGUCCCUCUCGGAGGUAGAGCUGGGCCCUGUUCCUCCAAAGGCAUUUGCGGAAGUGAAGAUGGAGGCCGGAGGGGAGCGCUUUCCUAAACAAAGGCAAGUCCUGAUUCUCUUUCUCCUGCUGGGAGUGGCUGUGGCAGUCUGGGAACCCCGUCGCUAUUCAGUGCUGGAGGAAACAGAGAGUGGCUCCUUUGUAGCCAACCUGGCUAAGGACCUCGGGCUGGGAAUAGGGGAGCUAGCCGCGCGGGGAGCCCGGGUGGUCUCUGAGGAUAACCAACAACGCUUACAACUCGACCUGCAGACCGGGGAGUUGCUACUAAAUGAGAAGUUGGACCGGGAGGAGCUGUGUGGCCCCGUAGAGCCCUGUGUAGUGCAUUUCCAAGUGUUGCUGAAAAAACCAUUAGAAGUAUUUCGAGCUGAGCUUCUUGUGAGAGACAUAAAUGAUCAUUCUCCUGAGUUUCCUGAAAGAGAAAUGACCCUGAAAAUCCCAGAGAAUAGCCCGAAUGGGACUGUGUUUCCUCUGAAAAGAGCCCAGGACUUGGACGUGGGCAACAACAACGUCCAAAACUACAAUAUCCGUCCCAACUCUCAUUUCCACGUUUCCACCCUCAAGCGGGGGGAUGGCAGAAGAUACCCUGAGCUGGUGCUGGACAAAGAGCUGGAUUAUGAGGGACAGUCUGAGUUUAGAAUAAUAAUCACAGCUCUGGAUGGCGGCUCUCCGCCCAGGUCUGGCACCGCGCAGGUCCGCAUCGUGGUCCUGGACGUCAACGACAACGCCCCGGAGUUCUCGCAGAAGCACUACGACGUGCAGGUCCCAGAGGACAGCCCCGUAGGCUCCCUAGUUGUCAAGGUUUGCGCUAAGGAUUUAGACACCGGAAUUAAUGGAGAAAUAUCAUACUCACUUUUUCAUAGUUCUCAGGAGCUUAGCAAAACUUUUGAGCUAAAUCAUCUUUCAGGAGAAGUUCGACUACUUAAAAAAUUAGAUUUUGAGGCAAUAUCCUCCUAUGAGCUGGAUAUAGAGGCAUCUGAUGGCGGAGGACGUUCUGGAAAAUGUUCUGUCUUUAUUAAGGUGGUGGAUGUUAAUGAUAACUCCCCAGAACUAACUAUUUCUUCACUUACCAGCCCUAUUCCCGAAAAUUCCCCUGAGACAGAAGUGGCACUGUUUAGGGUUCGUGAUCGAGACUCAGGCGACAAUGGAAGGAUGAUUUGUUCCAUCCAGGAUGAUCUCCCCUUUCUUCUGAAGCCAUCUGCAGAGAAUUUCUACACCCUGAUAACGGAAGGGGCACUGGACAGGGAAAGCAGAGCCGAGUACAACAUCACCGUCACCGUCACCGAUUUGGGGUCCCCCAGGCUGAAAACCGAGCACAUAAUAACAGUGCUGGUCUCUGACGUCAAUGACAACGCUCCAACUUUCACUGAAAGCUCCUACACCCUGUUCAUCCGCGAGAACAACAGCCCCGCCCUGCACAUGGGCAGCGUCAGCGCCACAGACAGAGACUCAGGCUCCAACUCCCAAGUCACCUACUCGCUGCUGCCGCCCCAGGACCCGCACCUCCCCCUCGCCUCCUUGGUCUCCAUCAACGCGGACAACGGACACCUCUUCGCCCUCAGGUCGCUGGAUUAUGAGGCCCUGCGAGCCUUCGAGUUCCGCGUGGGCGCGAUAGACGCAGGCUCCCCGGCGCUGAGCAGCGAGGCGCUGGUGCGCGUGGAGGUCGUGGACGAUAACGACAACUCGCCCUUCGUGCUGUACCCGCUGCAGAACGGCUCUGCGCCCUGCACUGAGCUGGUGCCUAGGGCGGCUGAGGCGGGCUACCUGGUGACCAAGGUGGUGGCGGUGGACAGAGACUCGGGCCAGAACGCCUGGCUGUCCUACCAGCUGCUCAAGGCCACGGAGCCCGGACUGUUCAGCGUGUGGGCGCACAAUGGCGAGGUGCGCACCGCCAGGCUGCUGAGCGAGCGUGACGCCGCCAAGCACAGACUCGUCGUGCUGGUCAAGGACAAUGGCGAGCCGCCAAUGUCGGCCACUGUCACGCUGCACGUGCUCCUGGUGGAUGGGUUCUCGCAGCCCUACCUGCGGCUACCAGAGGUGGCUCUGGAUGAAGCCCAAGCCGACUCGCUCACCGUCUACUUGGUCAUUGCAUUGGCGUCGGUCUCCUCGCUCUUCCUGUUCUCGGUGCUCCUGUUCGUCGCCAUAAGGCUGUGCAGGAGGAACAGGGCCGCCUCGGUGGGUCGCUGCUUGGUGCCUGAGAGCCACUUUUCCGGCCACUUGGUGGACGUCAGCCGCACUGGGACUCUUUCCCAAAGCUACCAGUACGAGGUGUGUCUGACGGGAGAUUCUGGGAGUAAUGAGUUCAAAUUCUUGAAGCCUAUCUUCCCCAAUCUUCUAGACCAGGAUCCUGAGAGGAAAACAGAAGGAAACCCCAACUUCCGGAAUAGUUUAGGUAUCUGAAACUUCCUCACUGGGUAUAUUAAUUUUGUGUCCAUCACUGUCUCUCCCCCCUGCCCCUUUGUUUUUAAGACCAGUAAUAAUCUUCAGUUCUACUUUAUUUUCUCUGUUUUUUUAAAAUUAAUGUUGCUCUAGGUUUUAUUGUCUGUGUUGUCCUAUAUAUAUUUUUUCGGUUAUUGUUUUACUAGUAAAAAAUUUUAUCAGGAGAUUUCAUAGUCCAUAUUGCUAAUUAAAUUUUUAGUACUCAUUCCUGAAGGACGGCAUGAUAGUUAGCCCCUCCUAGUAAGCAUAGUUCUAAUUUUAAAAGCAUAUUUCCACUAUAUGAGAUUGAAUAAGAAUUUAUUACUUUUUUGUCCUAGUGUAUUGUUAAAUGUUGAAAGCUUUUUUAGUUUUCAUUAUUGACAAAGGUAAGGAUUUCUAUAAUCCCUUUUCAGCUUGGAGUGGAACCAGUACAUAUUUAUCCAUGGCCAAUUUCUCCUAGUAUCUUUGUUUGGAUUUUUGUUUUUCCAAAGGCAGCAAUGUGUAUAAUUUCAAGUUAUUGAUUUAAAAAUCACACUUGCAAUUAUUAGACUUUUGCUCAUUUUAAAAUACAUAUCUCUUGAAAAUGUAUCUGCAUCGUCUAUUCUUUCUCAUCUAAACCACUGUUGAAAAGACAUAGGCUCUCCCUUAUCUCUUCCCUAUCUCUUAAAUUAUGAUCCUGAUAAAUUUCCUGAACAGAUUUACUGAUACCCAGACUGACUAUGUUUAAUGUGUUUCUAUGUACUCUAAGGGCUGCGACUCUAGGACCAAGUAAUAUGUAGCCCACAAUUGUCUCUUAAAAUAGCAGGGAAAUUCUCGAGUGAGCCCCAAAUGCUGGGCCUAGAGGAGCUUUUGAUGGUGUGGCAUGCCAAUAUCUACUUGCCUUUGGAUGAUGGUAUUGUUCUGGUGGAUAAAGGAUUUCAAAGAAAACACAUUGUAGAAUUAAUAGUAGUUAAAAAAAUUUUUUUUAUUAGAGGAUUUGUUGGUCGAGGGGGUUGAAUGAUUUAGAGAAAUAAUUAGCUCUGUUGCUAGAAUUACUCUAUCUCCAGGAGCCUCUCACCUUUGGGGAUACUGUAGGAUGACAUUGUCCGUGUCUUAAUCACAGGUCUCAGAACCUGUGAAUAUGUUAUGCUUUAUGGCAAAGAGGAAAUAAGGCCCAGAUGAAAUUAAAGGUUAGCUAAAAUAGGGAAAAUAUCCUAGAUAAUCUGGGUGAGUUUGAUUCAGUUGGAAAGGCCUUAGAAGCAUAGCCAUGGAUUCCCUGAGAUAAAAAAGAAGUUCUGCCUGUGGACAGCAGCAUCAGCUCAUGCCCAAGAGUUCCAGCCUUCUCUUUCUGAUGGCCUGUCAUAUAGAUUUUGAACUUACAUACCCAGCCCCCAUAAUAAAAUAAGUUAAUUCAUAGCUUUAAAUCUCAUAACAUACAUCUCCUACUGGUUCUGUUUCUCUGGUUGAACCCUGACUGGUACAGAUUUUAGCAUGUGGAAGUGGAGUGCUACUGUAACAAAUACCUAAGAAUGUAGAAAUGGCUUUGGAAUUAGACUGUGGGCAGUGGCUUGAAGAAUUUUGAGGAGCAUGAUAGAAAAAGCACUCUAUAUUGCCUUUAUAGAAUAACUAAAUUAUGUAAACCAACUAUUGGUAGACAUAUGGAUAUUAAAGUCACUAUCUGUUGGGGCCUUGGUAGCAUAGUGGUUAAGAGCUUGACUGCUAACCAAAAGGUCAGCAGUUCGAAUCCACCAGCUGUUCCUUGGAAACCUUAUGGUGCUAUAGGGUCACUAGGAGUCAGAAUUGACUGGACAGCAACGGUUUUUGGUGAGAGCUCAGAAGGAAAUGAGAAACAUGGAAAUUGGAAACUCGUUAUAUAGUGGCAGAAAACUUAGCUGAAUUGUGUCCUGCAGUUAUGUGGGAAAGCAGAAAUUGUAAACAAUGAACUUGGAUAUUUAGCCGAGGAGAUUUCCAAGCGAAGUGUUAAAGAUGAAGCCUGGUUUCUUCUUGCUGCUUAUAGUAAAAUGUGAGAGGGAUGGUAUAGAUUGAGAGAAGAACUGGUAAGCAAAAAGGAACUAGGACUUGAUGGUUCAGGAAAUUUCCAGCCUAUUCAGAUUGCAAAAGAUGCUAAAAUGAGAAGAUUCACUGUCAAGAAAACUUAUUCUGGAGACAAAACAAAGAGUGUAUCUGGACAACCUUUUACUAGUACCUCAAAAGGAUCAAAAGAGUGCUCAGUCAUACAGAAGGCUCUUUGAAGAGAUCAGGCAUGUGACUUAGCCAUCUCAGCAGAAGCCAAGAAUAGAGAUGGGAUUAUUCAGGAAGGAAUUGUGGAGGAGCCUCUUGUCUAAUGAAGUGAAUCCCUUUGACAUGCACAGAGGACCCACAAGGUUCUUAAGAAUGUUAUAUCACCAGAAACAAUGCCAGCUUGGACUGAAAGAGAGAGGGCAAAAUGAAAGAAGGUCGUUGUAUCCCAAAUUCUGUAGGCAAGAAUACAUCAAUAAAACUACACAACUGCUCAAGACCUAUCUCUCAUGAAAAGGAAGGCUAAUUUAUAGGACGGAGUGUCAAGCUCAAAAGGCAGAGCUGAAAACCACUGGGAAUUAUUCCCAGGUCUUGAAAGCAAAUAGAGUUUUCCUGGGCGGAUUUCUACACAUUGCUUGAAACAGGUGACUUGUUUUUAGUUUCCAUUUUCUCCCUUUUUGAACUGGAAUGUUUGUACUAUUAUCCUGUGCCUUUCCCACUAUUAUAUGAUGGAAGAAGAUAAUUUAUUUAGUUUCACAGGUCCACAGAGGAAAAGAAUUGGCCCAGGAUGUAUCAUAUCCACAGUCCUAUCCAUACUGAAUUUAGAUGAUUUAGAUGAUGAUAUUUGGGGUUUUUGAGGUGGUGAGACUUAAAUGAUAUUUUGGACUUAUAAUUGAUGCUGUAAUGGGAUGAGACCUUUGGGGAUCUGGGCAUGGAAUGAAUGUAUAUUGCAUGUAGGACAGUUGUGAACCUUGGGAGGCCAGAGCAUUGACUGGUAGAGAAAAUAAAGGCCCCCAAAGAUGUCCAUGUCCUAAUCUCCAGAACCUGUGGAUGUUACAUUUUGUGACAAAAAGGAAUUAAGGUUGCAGAUGGAACUGAGACUGCUAAUCAUCUGAACUUCUGCUGAGAUUACUGAGUCACCAAAAGGGCUCAUGGGGUGGGCCCAACGUAUGUAAUCACAACAGUCCUUAAAAGUGGAAGUGGAAGGCAGAUGUCAGUGCCAGAGUGAUGUGAUAUGAAAAAUACUCAACUGGCCAUUGCUGGCUUUGAAGAUUGAAGGGGCUACAAGCCAGGGAAUGUGGGCAGUUUCUAGAAGCUAGAAAAGGCAAAAAAAAAAAAAAAGUAUUCUCCCUUAGAAACUCCAGAAAGAAAUGCAGCCCUGCCAACACCUUAAUUUUAGCCCAUUGAGAUCCAUGUUGGACUUCUGACCUGUAAGAUAAUAAACUUGUGUUGUUUUAAGCCACCAAGUCUGUGGAUUAUAGCAGCAAUAUGAAACUAAUACAAAUGGCUAUGGAAAAAAAAAAAAGCCAUUUCCAAACCUGUUUUUCCUUUCCUCCAACUAUUUGGGUCAAACUCUUCGUAUUCUCAUUAUCUCUUGCAACUAGGUGUGUCAUAUGACUCAGUUAUUGCCAAUUAUUUAAAAGUGCAAUUGGGCAAAUGGGCUUUAGGGAAAGAUUUUCAAAGGGCUAGUCCAAGAGGGCAUGUUCCUUAGGUCUUUCAUCUUUCUUCCUUUUUGACUGGAAUGCUUAGUGGGGUGAAAGCCUGGCAUUGAAGUAGCCAAACUUGCAGCCAUGAGGUGAAUACCAUAAGACAAAGGUCUAUACACUAAGAAUGGUAAGAUAUAAAGAUGAAACACCCCUGAGUUUCUGAUAACAUUGUUGAGCCACUGAAACAAUUCUCCUGGGCUUUCUGUUGCAUGGUAUAAAUAAACCCCUAUGUGUUUAAGCAACUGUAGUUGGGUUUUCUGUUGAUAACCGACAAAUAAAUUCCAAACUGA